UAUUAUAUUAGUAGCAGAAUCAGUUCAAAGAUAUCGGAAGCAAUUUGAUGAAGCUCUUCAUCAUCGUUACUGUACUGGUCGCCCUGAUGGCGCUUGCUUUGGCCGGACCCCAUCCGGACCGUCGUCAUGGACCAAUGCCGGAAUCCCAAGACGAGGGCCCAGCCCCACCGGAUCCAAGUGGACCACCUGACACCGUAACGGCGCAAGGGUUUGCGGGAAGAUAGGUAAAAAAACAGUUCAAUUCAGUUGAAGAACAUUUCAAAUGGUGACGAUGAAUAAAGAUUAAAUUUAUAACGCA